GAAUUACCCGCGAAAUUUGAGGACAUCUGAGAAGGAAGAUCCAGCUGACGGCUUUGGUCGUGCCAUCUGUCAAUUUCAGGAUUUAACUUAAGACCUGUGUAUAUGCUAAAUGAUGGAGAAGAAAAUAGUAGGACUAAGUGAUGCAGGCAAGAUGGAUGAACUGUCAGCUGCACUGGAUGACCUGCAACCAUCCCAGCUGACAGACAUGCUGAACAACUUAAUUCUCAAAGGACGAGGAGAUCCAUUGGCCUUUUUACAAGCAGUUUUCCAAGGGUCUCCAUCAACGGAGACUUCUGGAGUGGAGCGUCUCCUCCUGGUGUAUAAGCAUCUUGUCAAGAUUCUACACAAGAAUGAAAUCAACACCAAGAUGGCAUCAAAUUUGGUUGGACUCAUGAUGCUUGAGGCUGACUCUCUCCCUGGUACAGUGUUGGUGGAGCUGGCCAGCAGUUUCGUGGAGUCCAUCAAGGAGGGGACGCUACAGGGAGGAAAAGCACUGGAGCUGUUCCCUAAGUUGCUGUCAGUGUUGUUGAUCCAGGAGGCAGUGGUGUACGGGGAGAGCUCCAUGAAGGGAUCAGAGUACAAGAGUCAUGUCCUCAACACUGUCUGCUCCUGCAAAUGGAACCCACAGAGUGUCCUUCACCUUGCUGCCAUGUUCCGGGACGUCCCCCUCACACAGGAGGAACUCAAGUUUGUUGUUGAGAAGGUCCUACGUGGGAUGCGUGACCUUGACCUCCAGGAUCUACCUGCACUGGUCUAUCAGCUGUUGUUGCUGGCUGCAAAGGGUCAUAAGAGGUUGGUUCUGGAAGGGAUCACUGACUUCUUCAUAGACCAGGACAACCUUCAAGCGGAGUCGGAAACCAGGAAAGGUAAAUGA